AUGAUAAAUAAUCCAAAAAUACAAAUGACAAUAUCGGGUGUCAUAAUAAUAACAAUUGUGUUUGUAUUUCAACAAUGUCAAGGAAGCACCUUACCUCCUGAUGCAUCUCUAAGGGAUGCAAUUCCUUCGAAGGAAUCCAAAAUCAUUGGUGGUUCUCAAAUUUCAAUUAAUGAUGCCAAAUAUCAGGUUUCGCUGCGUUUGGUGGCAAAUGAAAAUUCUCGCGGCUUUGGCUACGGGCACAUCUGUGGCGGUUCGAUUAUAUCGCAAAGAGUUAUACUGACAGCUGCCCAUUGUUGUUACAACACCGAUCCCGAAACUGAACGUAGAGCUGGAGAAUUUAAAGUUGUUGUGGGCUCCACACAAUUAUAUGUCAAGGAACCCAAUGUCCUGGAAUAUUAUGUUCAGCAAAUGGUUAAACAUGCCGGUUUUGAUCCGGUCAGUAUGAUCAAUGAUAUCGCGUUGGUAAUGAUCAAUGGUUAUAUACCAUGGAAUUGGCCGACGGCAAGGGCAAUACAUUUAAAUGCUAUGGAAUUGAAUAUGGGUGUACCGUGUAAUGUCAGUGGUUGGGGUAAAACUGAGAGGGGCCUUAUACCCAACAAUUUGCUGUCGACGGUAGUCCGAAGCAUAUCCUACGACGAAUGCGAGGCUUCCUAUGGUCAUAUACCACUGAGCAUGAUUUGUGCUGGUGAUUAUUAUGUGGGAGGUGUUGAUGCCUGUCAGGGUGAUUCUGGUGGGCCCAUGGUCUGUGCCAACAGUCAAGUUGGUAUUGUGUCAUGGGUAUGUGCCCCGCGAUCGGAUAUCUUCGGAAUUGGUAGGCUACAAGAUCCCCGUAUUAUCAAUGGAACCGAGGCCACCUUGGCAAAUACAAAACAUCAAGUUUCAAUUAGACGUCGUAUUAAUGAUGACUACUACUUUGGUAUGGGUCACAUUUGUGGUGGUUCCUUGAUAUCCGAAAAUGUUGUCCUGUGUGCCGGACAUUGUUUCACAGAACAAGUAUUUAACUUCUCCACGUACGAAGAUGACAUUGUUGUGAUCAUAUUGAAUGGCACAGUUCCCGCUGACCAUCCCACCGUGAAACCAAUUGUACUCAACGAUGGAGAAUUGAAAAAUGGUACUGUGUGUCAAGUUACUGGCUGGGGUGUAACGGAAGAGGGCUACAAUUCGGAUGUCUUAAUGACUGUCGAUGUCCCCUAUAUUCCACCAAAUGUGUGCCGCAAAGAAUCGGCUUAUUUGGAAUUGAUCAGACCCGGUAUGAUGUGUGCUGGUUAUUUAGAAGGUGAACGUGAUGCCUGUCAGGGUGAUUCUGGUGGUCCAUUGGUUUGUAAUAAUCGUCAGGCCGGUAUUACCUCUUGGGGUAGCGGUUGUGCUCUACCAUUGAAGCCUGGUGUCUAUACUGAUGUUGCCUUCUAUAAGGAUUGGAUUUUUCAAAAGAUAGCAGAAAAUAAUGGCACAUUGCCAAAAUUCGCCGGCAACGGAUCAAUGUCGAUAAAUAAUGGUUCCAUGUUGUUGGCUGCUAUUGUGGUGACAUUAUGUGCCCCGCCAUCGGAUAUCUUCGGAAUUGGUAGGCCACAAGAUCCCCGUAUUAUCAAUGGAACUGUGGCGACUUUGGCAAAUACUAAACAUCAAGUUUCUAUUAGACGUCGUCUAAAUGAUGGUUACUUCUUUGGUACCGGACAUAUUUGUGGUGGUUCUUUGAUUUCCGAAAAUGUGGUGCUGUGUGCCGGACAUUGUUUCACAGAUCAAGUAGCUUUCAAUGGUAGCUAUUUGCCUGAUGAAGACUUUAUUGUGGUCAUGGGAAAUUUGGAUCGUUUUGAACAGAACGAAAACACCUUAAGGUUCGAUAUAAAAAAAGUCGAAAAAUAUAGACAAGUAUUUAACUUCUCCUCGUACGAAGAUGAUAUUGUUGUGGUAAUAUUAAAUGGUACUGUUCCCGCCAAUCACACCACCGUGAAACCAAUUGUACUCAACGAUGGAGAAUUGAAAAAUGGUACUGUGUGUCAAGUUACUGGCUGGGGUGUAACCGAAGAGGGCUACUCAUCUGAUGUUUUAAUGACCCUCGAUGUCCCCUAUAUUCCACCAAAUGUUUGCCGCAAAGAAUCAGCCUAUGCGGAAUUGAUCAAACCCGGUAUGAUGUGUGCAGGUUAUUUAGAAGGUGAACGUGAUGCCUGUCAGGGUGAUUCAGGUGGUCCAUUGGUUUGUAAGAAUGUUCAGGCUGGUAUUACCUCAUGGGGUAGUGGCUGUGCUCAACCUUUGAAGCCUGGUGUCUAUACCGAUGUAGCUUACUAUAAGGAUUGGAUUCUACAAAAGGUAACAGAAAAUAAUGGCACAUUGCCAAAAUUCGCCGGCAACGGAUCAAUUUCGAUAAAUAAUGGUUCGAUGUUAUUAGCAGCUAUUUUGGUUACACUUAAUGUGAUAUUUAAAAUGUUUUAA